AUGACGGAUUGGAAAAUGUCUUUGUUUUCCUGGCGCACCUUUUGUUGCCUCGUCCUCGUGUUGCAUUCCGCACACGGCGACGUGAGCUUUUCCCUCCCAGAGGAGAUGAAAGCAGGAUCGGUGAUCGGGAAUUUCGCCAAGGAACUCGGACUGCAGCCGGGCGCGCUGUCCAGCCGGAAAGCGCGCAUCGACGCCGACGGGGGCGGAAAGCGUCACUGUGAUCUCAACGCGGGCAGCGGAGAGCUGCUGGUGGCCGGCAGGAUUGACAGGGAGGAGCUUUGCGGCGACAGGGCUUCGUGUGUCGUGAAACAAGAAGUCGUGCUGGAGAACCCGCUCGAGCUCCAGCGAAUUCAUCUGCGCAUUCAAGACGUAAAUGACAACGCGCCGGUCUUUAACGACCACUUGAUUGGUUUGGAAAUACGGGAGUCAGCCAGCAAGGGAGCUCGUUUUGUGAUAGAAGAGGCCCACGAUGCGGACAUAGGACAAAAUUCUGUGCAGCAGUACAUCCUUCAGAAUAAUAAUCAUUUCGUUGUGGCUGUCAGUGAAAACACAAUAGAGCUUGUUCUUGACAAAGAACUCGACCGUGAACAAAAAGAGGAAAUGAAUUUGCUCCUGACAGCUUUCGAUGGCGGCUCGCCUCCGAAAUCAGGAACGGUCGUCAUCCACGUCACCGUGCUGGAUGCCAACGACAACGCGCCCGUCUUCAGCCGGGCCGUUUAUGAAGCCAGCCUGCCCGAAAACUCUGCUCCGGGUACAAUCGUGAUUCAGGUUAGGGCGACUGAUGCUGAUGAGGGCGUCAACGGGGAUGUGACGUAUGACUUUGGACACGUGACUGAAGAUGUGAAAAAGAUAUUCAGCAUUGACCGUAAACUGGGCACAAUUGCUGUCAUUGGCACUGUUGACUAUGAAUCGAGCACAUCAUUUGAAUUACGUGUGAAGGCCAAAGAUGGACUGGGGCUCUCCUCUUAUGCAAAGGUGAUUAUAUCCAUCACGGAUGUGAAUGACAACAUCCCAGUUAUAAGCAUAAAGUCGCUGACCGAUCCAGUGGCGGAGGACGCGCCCCUCGGCACCGAGGUGGGCAUCAUUCACGUGCAAGACAGAGACUCGGAGCAGAACGGAGAAGUCCACUGCUCCAUCCAACAAGACGUCCCCUUCAAGUUAGUUCCUUCCAUCAAGAACUAUUAUUCUCUGGUGACGAGCGGACAGCUGGACCGCGAACUGGUGUCGCAUUACAACAUCACAAUCGGCGCCAGCGACCAGGGCUCUCCUCCUCUGUCCUCAAGCAAAAGUCUGGGCCUGUCGGUGGCCGACGUCAACGACAACCCGCCCGUGUUCCAGCGAGAGUCCUACAGCGCCUACGUCAGCGAAAAUAACAAAGCCGGCUCGGCCUUGUGUCGGGUAAGCGCUCGAGACCCCGACUGGAGGCAGAACGGCACGGUGAUUUAUUCUCUGCUGGCGGGCGCGGAGGUGAACGGCGCCCCGGCGUCCUCCUACGUAGCGGUGGACGGAGACACGGGGGAGGUCCGCGCCGUGGGCUCCUUGGAUUACGAAGACUUGAGGAGUUUCCGAGUCCACGUGGUGGCCAGAGACAAGGGUUCUCCUCCGCUGAGCAGCAACGUGAGCGUCAGCGUGUGGAUACGGGACGUGAACGACAACUCUCCUCAGAUUCUGUACCCCGCCCCGGACGGCGACUCCUCGGUGACCGAGCUGGUCCCCAAAGCCGCCCAGGGGGGCUCGCUGGUGUCCAAAGUCAUCGCGGUGGACGCCGACUCCGGACAGAACGCCCGGCUGUCCUAUCAUAUCGUCAAGUCCACGGAUCCGGGACUUUUCACGGUGGGGCUCCACAGCGGAGAGAUCAGGACCCGGCGGGACAUUUCCGAAUCUGACGGCAUGAGACAGAACCUGAUGGUGGCGGUGAAAGAUAACGGGCAGCCCCCUCUCUCCGCCACCUGCUCGGUGUAUUUCCUCCUUUCCGACAACUUGUCCGAGCUGCCGCCGGAACUGAAGGACGUUUCUUCCCAGGAGCGUGAGAAGAAUUCCAAAGUCACCUUUUAUCUGCUGGUGGCGCUGGUGUCGGUGUCCACCUUCUUUCUGACCUUCAUGGUGGCGGUCCUGGCCGUGAGCUUUUGUCGCAGGAGAAAGCCCCGACUGUUGUUGGACGGAGCGCUCGCCGUCCCCGGCGCGUAUCUCCCUCCUAAUUACGCAGAUGUGGACGGCACGGCCACUUUACGCAGCGCCUACAACUACGACGCCUACUUGACGACGGGCUCCAGGACCAGCGACUUCAACUUUGUGCGUUCCUACGACGACGACACGCUGCCCGCCGACCGGACCCUCCCCAAGAAUCCCGUCAGCUUCGGCGACGGGCUUUGCGAUUCUUUCGACCCUCUUGAGGUAGGCACGAAUAUUCGCAGCGUAGUGGAUCAUCAUUCCUGUUGCACGGAACAAUAA